CCUCCAUAACAAUACAACCUCGAGCCAUCACUCUCCCCAAAAGAAAAAAAUAACUCUUGUGCUUCUGCUUCUUCUUCUUCUUUCUUUGCAAGCGCAAAGGACGCCCCAAAGGUGAUUCAAAAAUGGAACUUUUGGACGCCUAAAGGUGCCCAUCCAGCCUAGUCAUCUCCCUGAGGUGUGCCUCCUGACCAUUAUAAGCGUUGCGGAGAUGGCGGAUGCAGGCGAGGAGCAAGGAAGGAGGUGAAAGAUCACAUCUUUCCAUGACCCAAACACAGCAAUCUCUUGUUUGCUUCCCUCUCUUGGAUUCCUAAUCCUUCCCACCAGAUGGGGAUCGGCUUCUUCUCCUUGUACCUCUCGGUUUCCCUGCUGCUGAGGUGCUCGGCCUCGCAGCAGCCGAACACGGACGCCGCCUUCGUCUCCGACUUCUUCCGGAGGAUGGGGGUGGCUCCUUCCUCCACCAGUGGCAACUCCUCCGAGGUUUGUUCGUGGAGAGGAGUGUCCUGCGACGGCCCAACCGAGAGAGUCAUCAGCUUGGUGGCUCCCGGCUUCGGCUUCUCCGGUCCGAUCCCCGAAACCACCAUCGGGAAGCUCGGCGUGCUCCGAGCCUUGGAUCUCAGCGGCAACGACAUCACCGCGCUCCCUUCAGAUUUCGCGGAAUUGAGUGGUUCUCUCGGGCACCUCAACCUCUCCUCGAACAACAUCGCCGGAGCGAUCCCCGGCAUCAUCGGCAACUUCAAGCUGAUGGAAAGCCUCGACCUUUCGCGCAACAGCUUCUCCGGCGAGAUCCCCAGGGAGGUGGGCUCGCUGUCGAGCCUGCGGGUCCUCGACCUCAGCAGGAACUCGCUGGAGAUGAGCAUCCCGGACACGGUUCUCGGAUGCGUCUCCCUUGUCUCGCUCGAUCUUUCCCACAACAGGUUGAAUGGGAGCGUUCCUGAUGGGUUCGGUGCUGCCUUCAAGAACCUGAGCGCUUUGGAUCUCGCACAGAAUGAGAUCAGCGGGAAGAUGCCAGACUUGACGGGGUUGGACUCCAUCUCCUACCUCAAUCUCUCCCGCAAUCGUUUCCGAGACUUGGUUCUUGGUGGAUUCCGGGAGCCAUUGCAGGUCGUGGACCUGAGCAAGAACCAGUUCCACGGCCUCAUCUCUCAGGUAAACCGCAGCACCACCUCCAACUGGACUUCUCUGGUGUAUCUCGACAUGUCCAUGAACCAACUCGGCGGAGAGUUCUUCCCCGGUCUGGGAGAUCUGAGGUCACUGAAGCAUCUCAAUCUUGCGUUCAACGAGUUCUCCUCCCAAGAAUUGCUUCACAUCCAACUGCCUUCUGCUCUAGAAUACCUGAACUUGUCGGGAACCGAUCUCGCCGGCCGAAUUCCACCUGACAUCUCUCGAUUGCUUGACCUCAAGGUGUUAGAUCUUUCUCAGAAUCAUAUCACCGGCAACAUUCCCGAGCUGAUCACCCGAAACCUGCAAGUGAUAGACCUCUCGGUGAACAAUCUCACAGGUGAAAUCCCACAGUCCUUACAACAGAAGUUGUCCGGUAUGGAAAGGUUCAAUCUUUCCUACAACAAUCUCACCUAUUGCGGCGAGAAAUUCUCACCGGAAACUCUCCGUUCAUCGUUUAUCGGCUCGCAGAGUGACUGCCCCAUUGCGGUAAAUCCAGAUGGUAUUGGAUCCAAGGGAAGCAGACACGAGAAUUUCAAGCUAGGCUUGGCCAUAGCUUUUUCGGUGUUCUUCCUGUUAGCAGGGCUGAUCUGCCUCGGCCUUGCUUGCCGAAAGAGGAGGAGACCCUGGGCGGUGAAGCAGCCAUCGUUCGAGGAGGAGCUAAAUGCCUCAGGCCCCUUCUACUUCCAGGCAGAUUUCUCAACUUGGGUUGCAGAUGUCAAGCUUCCUACCUCAGUCCCUGUCGUCAUCUUCGAGAAGCCAUUGCUGAGCUUCACCUUCGCUGAUCUCUUGAAUGCGACCUCCAAUUUCGACAGAGGAACCUUACUCGCAGAAGGAAGGCUUGGACCGGUGUACCGAGGAUUUCUACCGGGAGGCAUUCAUGUGGCCGUGAAGGUUUUGGUCCACGGAUUAACAGUGACGGACCAGGAAGCUGCAAAGGAGCUCGAGCGGCUUGGCCAGAUCAAGCACCCCAAUUUGGUGCCAUUAACCGGCUACUGCUUGGCCGGGGAUCAAAGGAUCGCCAUCUAUGAUUACAUGGAGAACGGGAACCUACAGAAUCUGCUCCAUGAUCUACCACUGGGUGUGCAAUCAACCGAAGACUGGACCAGUGAUACAUGGGAGCAAGAGAAUCCUGGCACGCAAAGCAUCACGACCGAAGGAAUGACUACUUGGAGAUUCCGGCAGAAGAUUGCAUUAGGUGCUGCAAGGGCGCUGGCAUUUCUCCAUCACGGAUGCUUCCCCCAGAUGGUUCACAGAGAUGUGAAAGCAAGUAGCAUUUAUCUUGAUUCGGCAAUGGAGCCCAGGUUAGCUGAUUUCGGACUAUCGAACCUGGUCGGGACAAGCAUGGAAGGCGGCAUGGCUCGUUUUUCACCAGGCUAUGCUCCUCCAGAGUUCUCGGAGUCUGAAAACACAUUGGCAACAACAAAAUCGGAUGUCUACGGGUUCGGGGUAGUUCUGUUUGAACUCCUCACGGGGAAGAAACCGAUCGGAGAUGAAUAUGCUGAAGACAAGGAGACUACUUUGGUCAGUUGGGCAAGGGCAUUAGUGAGGAGAAAGGAGCUCGCAAGAUUAAUCGAUCCAAAGAUGCGGGAAACAGGAGCAGAGAAACAAAUGGAGGAAGGGCUGAGGAUUGCUUAUCUGUGUACAGCUGACUUGCCGUCGAAGAGGCCAUCCAUGCAGCAGAUUGUGGGUCUUCUCAAGGACAUUGAGCCUGUUUCUGUUUGGCAUUGAAUUGAAUUGAAUUGCAGAGCUUCCAUUCAGGUGUUUGCAUUUCCCUACUACUCUGCAGCUCUCUCCAAAUCAACUGUAUGAGCUACCUCUGAAACUGAAGCUCAGUUUUUCUUUCGUCUUCAUUUUUAUUGGGCUAUCGUUGUGGUCUCAGUAUGCCACCAUGAAAUAGAAAGAUGGAACCCUCAGGUUACAUUCUCACAGAACUUGUUAUAACCUCCUUGGUUUGUCCUUGCAUUCUUUUCUUCUAUGACAAAUUACUUGCCAUCAAACUAGUAUUAUGUC